AUGGCGUGGAUGAUGAUUCGUCCUUCGCUAUGGGCUUCCAGAAUGCCAUUUUCGCGCCUGCUCGGCUUACGUUCUUACUCAGAAAUGUUAAAAACCGGCAGCAAAGAUCAUAUUGACAAACUAGUGUCAGAGCAAAAGAUUGUUCUUUUUAUGAAAGGCACGCCUGACGCCCCACGUUGUGGCUUCAGCAACCUUGUUGUUCAGAUUCUUAAAUUCCACGGUGUGGAGGAUUUUGGUUCGCACAAUGUGCUCGCCGACAAUGAUCUUAGAGAAGGAAUUAAAGUCUACUCGAACUGGCCGACGAUACCACAGGUUUACAUUAAUGGAGAGUUUGUCGGUGGCUGUGAUAUUAUGGUAGAAAAACACAAAAGCGGAGAACUUAUUGAAGAUUUUCAAAAGAUCGGUAUACGAUCGACUCUUUUGGAUAGGGAAGAAUAA